AGUCAAAAUUGUAAAGAACGUAUAAUUUAUUGGGGGUAAAAUUCAGGGAAUUGGGAAAAAUUUGUUGAUAAUACUCGAUAGUUUGCAAUAUAUAAAUCAACUACAGACAAUAUUCAGUAAAAGAUUAUGGCUCCACACAUUAAAGGAUCGAAUAUUAAAGAUCGAAUGUUUAGUUUGUUGCAAUCAGCGAUAUAUUCAGAUUGUGACAUAAUUGCGGAUGAUGAUACAAUAAAAGCACAUAAGUUUAUAUUAGCAGCAGUUAGCCCAGUAUUUGAAGAACAUUUCUUCGGACCAUUUUCUCAAAGCAAUUUUUAUAUGCCAUAUAGUGCAAGUAUUACAGCACAAAUACUGAAAGCAGCAUAUCAACAACCCAUCUAUAUCUCAUCGAAACGUGAAGCAAGAGAAAUUCGAGAUGCAGCAGAAUAUUUACAAAUGGCUGAAUUAUGGAAGAUUGUUGACAAUUAUAUAGAAAAUAGUAAUAAACAAACAUCGUCAAAACAUGCUAUCUUAACAUAGGAGUUCGAUGUUUAUAUUUGUUCGAAUUUAGCUCACUUUCCGAUAUUUGAUAAAAUGAGCUUGGAAAACGGC